CGCUUAACCCUUUCGACCCCAAUGUUGCCUGAGGGCAAUUUCGCUAGUUCAUAGGCCUACCACCAGCGUUAUUUUUGUUUUUGUUUAUUGAACCGAUAUGAUAACGGUAGUCUUAUGAGUCAGCACGUGGUGUGAUCAAAAAAAAAAUCACUAGUAAAUCAUUUAGCAAAGCAAUUUGAUAAAGACUGCAGCAGUGUCGGCGAAAAUUUAUUUCUGCAUGAAGGAGAACAUUUUUAAAAGAGAGAAUUUUUUAAAUAAUUGUAACAAAAAUUAUCAAUCUGUAAAUGAACUACUUUUCAGCGAUUGUUAAGUGAAAUAUUUUUGCAAGAAAAUUUCUUUAGUUUUAAACCAACAUCAGGUGAGUAAUUUUUACAUAUGCGAAGUUGCUUGUGAGCAACUUUGGGCAAUUGUGGUAUAAAAUUUCCAUGACUUUAGUUAUGAGGCCUCAAGAUAAAGGUUUGUCAAAUGAGGACGUACAACGAAUUUUAAACUUCGAUUGGGAUGUUUCAACUGAUGAAGAAAGUGGUGAUGAGAUAGAGGAUGUGUCUGCAGUGCUGGAGCAGAAUUUGCAAGGGAUUAUGGAAAGAGGGGAAAGCAUAGAAAUCGGACUUCUUGACAAUAUAAUUACGGAAGACAACGAGCAUGAAUCUUGUUCUAGUGAAGGGUUUUGCAUUGAAAAAAUUGAUUCGAAGGCAUUAAAAUGGAGAUCAAAGCCAUUUGAAGCUCCUGAAAGUGUAUGGAAGGCAGAUGUCGACUUGGAAAUUCACGACGUCAUGAUGCCCGUAGAAUAUUUUUCACAAUUUUUUGACUGUCGUGCUAUUGAUUUGAUCACGCAGCAAACUGAUUUGUAUGGACUUCAAGAACUGGGCCUUGAACUUAAAUGUACCAGUGUAGAAAUAAGACGAUAUAUUGGUACUCUACUGUACUUAGGUGUUUUAAAACUACCCCAAUUUAAAAUGGCAUGGUCUCAAAAUAUUAAGCUUACCGCUAUAACAGAUUCAAUACCUCGUAAUAGAUUUGACAAAAUUAAACAGUGUUUACAUUUUAAUGAUAACAGCAAGCAGCCUAAAAAAGAAGAUUUAAAUUAUGACAAGCUAUACAAGAUACGUCCACUGCUCGAUAUCAUCAGAGAAAACUUCAAUAAACUUCCUCAAGAAGAACAUCAAAGCGUUGAUGAGCAAAUAAUUGCGUUCAAAGGACGAUCAACGUACAAACAAUACAAUCCAGCUAAGCCUCACAAAUGGGGGUUGAAAAUGUUUACGCGUGCUGGAACGUCUGGACUUGUAUAUGAUUUCACGCUGUAUGUUGGUGAAGGCACCUGUCAAUCAUAUGGAUUGGGACUUUCCUCGGAUAUAGUUCUCUAUUUAGCGAAAACUAUUCCCAAACACAAGAACUUCAAACUUUAUUUUGAUAACUGGUUUACAUCAGUAAGCCUUCUGAUUGCAUUGAAGGAAAUGGGCAUAUUCGCCACUGGUACUAUACGUAAAAAUCGAAUAAGCAACUGCCAGUUACUUUCAGAAGCGGAACUCAAAAAACGUGGAAGAGGAUCUUAUGACAUGAAAUGUGAAACCAAUCAUAAUAUUGUAUGUGUAAGGUGGUUUGACAAUAAGCCGGUCCAACUUAUAUCAUCGCAUAUAAGUCAUGAACCAGUUGGCAUUUGCAAACGUUGGAACCCAAAAGAAAAAACACACGUAGAUGUCCAAAGACCUGCGAUAGUUGCUAACUACAACAAAGGCAUGGGAGGUGUGGAUCUAGCGGACAUGUUGAUGGAACUUUAUAAAGUUAACCACCGCUCAAGGAAGUGGUAUAUACGAAUUUUUUAUUGGUGUCUGGGAACGUCUGUUACAAAUGCGUGGCUGCUUUAUAGAAAACAUUUAAAUUUGCUUCAUCCGAAACAGAAACACAUUCCCCUAAUAAAAUUUCAACUGGAAAUUGCUGAUGCCCUUCUGCAAUCUACGUCUUCUGCAGUUUCUAUGCAAAGAAAGCGAGGCAGACCGUCCAACGCAGAGAGGAAUGAUAGCGAUACAAACUCUCCAUCGAGCAGUGUGUCGUCGCAUAACACGAAAAAGUACAGAUUCCAGCCGAACCCUCCGGAAACGAAACGAUAUGAUAAGACGGAACAUUGGGUAGUAUUCGGUGAAAAAGGGCGCUGCAGGUUGUGCAAGACAGGAACUCCAAUGUCCAAAUGUCUUAAAUGUAAGGUCCAUCUUUGCUGCAAUAACAAUAAAAACUGUUUUUUGUCUUUUCAUACCUAAUUUUUCCCCAAUAAAUAAAAUAAAAUGCGAUUAGAAAAAAAAAAUAUUAAUAAAUUCUAUACCACCAUUGCCCAACGUUGCUCACAGGCAACAUUCUGUAGCGCUCAAACGGGUGGGAGUGGCGAGUUGAAAAUUUUACUAUACCUUUCUAGAAUAAAUAUAAUGAGAUUAA